CGAGCGGUCAUCUGGCCUCGCUCGCCAUGUAUUCCAACUCGAAUGCCUUCUUGGGAGGCAACAGUCCGCGUCCUGGGACUCAGCCGCAGCAGCAGUAUGGCGGCUCCUUUAACAACCUAGGCCCCGGCCAGCAGCAGCAGCCGAGCCCCUUUGCGCCGCAGCCCACGGGCUUCGGACAGCAGCCAUUGCAGCAGCAGUUCACGGGAUAUCCGCUGCAGGCCCAGCCGACGGGUUACCAGCCGAUGCCGCAGCCGCUGCAGCAGCAGUACACCGGCUUCCCGGGACAGGGACAGCCGCCGCCGCAGCAGCAGUUCCAGACGUCGAGCGCCCCGCCGAUGCCGUCGAUUCCUCCUCAGUUCCAGCAGCAGUUCCAGCAGCAGCAACAACACCACCAGCCGCCGCAGCAACCUCAGCAGCUGCCUCAGCUUCAGCAGCAGGUGCCCCAGCAGACGGGAUUCCCGGCCGUGCCGCCGCCGCAGCAGCAGCAGCCGCAGCCCAGCUCGACAAUCUCCCCUCCUCCUCCCCCGAUAAAGCCGCAACCGACUGGAUUCGCGGAGGUCGCUGCGUCAUUCCAGACGGGAGGCACAGCCAAGCCCCAGGGACGACGAGGAGAGAAGUCGCAGAGCAAGAUCCCCAACAUUAGACUCUCUUUUAUCACGGCGGCGGAUCAAGCAAAGUUCGAGACUCUCUUCAAGUCUGCUGUGGGAGAUGGCUCGGCGACAAUGUCGGGCGAAAAGGCCAGGGAUCUCUUGAUACGGUCAAAGUUGGAUGGCGAGUCCCUGUCGCACAUCUGGACCUUGGCAGAUACCACGCGAGCGGGACAGCUAUACUUUCCCGAAUUCGCCCUUGCCAUGUAUCUUUGCAACCUCAAGCUUACCGGCAAGACGCUACCGCCAACUCUGCCCGAUCAUGUCAAGAACGAGGUCUCCAGCAUGGUCGAUAUUAUCAGCUUUAGCGUUGCUGAUGAAGGCCCGUCUGGUGGCCAAUCGAACAAUGCUCCGACUAUUGAGCAACCGAAGCCGCAACCGCCGCCUCCGUCAAAUUCUCAGCUUCUCCAAGCGCAGCUGACGGGCUUUCCUGGAGCGCAACAGCAGGGUUUCGGUGGACAGUCGCAAGGUCUUCAGCCUCAGCCGACGGGCUACAACAAUCUGCAAAACCCCCAGCCAACAGGAUACAAUGGUCCCCUCCCUCCGUUGCCUCCUAUGCCCACUGGAUUCGGCGGCCCUGGCGGCGGCGGCAUGAUAGCGCCUCUGAAUGCUCAACCCACAGGGGUUCCGGGUCAAUGGGGCCUUGUCAAUGCUCCUGCUUCUGGGUUGCCCAAUAUCGAUGCGCUGCAGGCUCGUAUGAUGCCUCAAGCUGGCCGCGAAGCUGGUUCCUUCACUACCGCCGGCCUGCAGGGCAACGCCGUUAUUCCCUGGGCUAUUACCAAGGAGGAGAAGACCAGAUACGAUGCGCUAUUCAAGGCCUGGGAUGGUCUUAAGAAGGGCUACAUUGGUGGCGACACGGCCAUUGAGAUUUUUGGUCAAAGUGGCCUUGAGAAGCCUGACUUGGAGAGGGGCCGUUUGAAUCUCGACGAAUUCGCUGUUGCCAUGCAUUUGAUCUACAGAAAGCUGAACGGAUAUCCUCUGCCCAAUGUCUUGCCUCCAGAGCUUGUCCCUCCUUCCACUCGCAACUUCAGCCAGUCUAUCGGCACAUUGAAGUCGAUGUUGCAUGAAGAGUCCGACCUCCGCAAGAACUCGGGAGCUGCCCUGCUUCCCCAGAAGACCGGUGUCAGUUAUAUGAAGAACCGCUCUUUCCGAGGCGGCCCUAGCCCGGCUGCAGGCGGACGGAAGGAUGCUACGGUCUUCAGGAACGACGACGAGGAGUUUGGGUACAGGUCCAGUGCUCGCCGAAGGCUGGGCGGCGCCUCUCCUCGAGCCGAAUCUCCGGCAGCAUCUUCUGUUGGCUCCAACGAUGACUUGACGCUCGAUGAGCUUAGAAAGAAGAUUAAGGAGAAGCAGAUCUUGCUCGACGCUAUAGAUUUUGCCGACGAGAAGAAUCACGAAGAGGAUGAUAUCCUGGACCGACGGGACCGCCGCGAAGCCGAGGAGCUCUACCGUCGUAUCCGUCGCAUUCAGGAGGAUAUUGAUUCGCACCCCGACGCUGCGCUAGCCGUCGGUAACUCGGACGCUGAGGCGAGAGCUCUGAAGCGCCAGCUCCAGAAGCUCACAGACAGAGUCCCCGAGCUUGCUUCGCAGGUACGAAAGACGGAAAAGGCCAUUAUGGAAGCAAGACUCGAGCUCUUCCGUCUCAAGGAUGCCAAGGCACACCCCGGAAGCGCAUCAGCCAUCGUCGGAACUGGUCCUGGCGGAGCAGUGACAGAGUCUGACCGGCUCAAGGCUCGAGCAAAGGCUAUGAUGCAGCAGAGAACUGCUGCCUUGACGGGCAAGAAGAUUGAAUCCACCACUGAGGACUUUGACGCCCCCAAGAGGCUGGAAGAAGAGAGCAUCAGGGUUAGAAACGAAAAGGAAAGCAAUGAGCGCAUGGUGCACGACGUUGAGGAAAGCGUCCGUGAGUUCUCGCGCAGUAUCGAGGACAGCCUCAACGAUACAGGCAAGGAUAACAGUAGUGAGCAUGAAAGACGUCGCUGGGAAGACGCUCUCGGCGUUGAGGACGAGGUUCGAGACUUCAUCUUCGAUCUCCAGCGCGAGAGUCGUGCGGCCCGCAUCCGAGCCCAGGACAAGCGUUCUGCCCGACCUACAACAGCAGACGAGGCUCCGCGGGACAGAGCUGCUGCGGCUCCCCAGCGCAACGACAGCCCAGCUUCGACUUCACGUACUGCCACUCCCUCUUCCACGGCUGGUGGCGGCUCUUACUCCUCGUACAAGACGCCCGAGGAGCGCGCUGCUUUUAUCAAGCAACAGGCCGAACAGCGCAUGGCUGAGCGCCUUGCGGCACUUGGUAUCAAGGCCCCGACCAAGUCCGGAGAGACGGCCGCUCAGCGUAUCGAGCGCGAAAGGGCCGAGAGAGCCGCCAAGCUGCGCCAGGCUGAGGAGGAAGAUGCCCGCCGAGAGGCCGAGCGACAGGCUCGCCUUGCCCAGGAACAGGGUAUCCCCCCUCCUGCCGCGGAAGAGCCGCAGUCGGCGGCGAAGAAGCCUCCACCACCACCAUCGAGAAAGGGCGGGAAGACGGAGGCUGAUGCGGCAAAGAAGGCCGAAGAAGAGGCAGCCAAGGCCGCCGAGGAGGAGCGCCUUUCACGAGAACAUGCACAACAGCAGAGGGAAACCGACGAGAUGGAGCAAAAAGUGCAGGAGGAAGAAGACGAGUUUGCCAAGGAGCAACGUGAGGCCGAGGCCCGGCUUAAGGCCUUGGAGGAGCAGGUCCGGCAAGGAAAGCUACGAAAGGAAGAGGAGAAGAAAAAGAAGAAGGCAGCUCUGGCAGAAGCCAAGGAGAAGGAGGCCAAGCUUGCUGCUCGUCGCGCGGAGAUUGAAGCUGCCAAGCAGCGCGAGCUUGAGCUACAGCGCCAACUCGAGGCCAUCAACGACGACGACAGCUCCUCAUCCGACGAAGACGAGGGCCAGCCGCAGGUUACGCCGCAGGCAUCGACUCCCACGCCUGAGCAGAGAGUGAGCUCGCCACCUGCUGCUCCUGCUCCUGUUCCUGCCCCUGCCCCUCCUGCUCCCCCUGCUGCUGCUUCUAUCCCCUCGCCGCCUCCCGUUCCCACGGUGGUCACCUCUCCCCCAGUUGAGACGGAGAGUAAAAACCCCUAUUUUAAGAUGAUGUCGCAGUCAUCGGAAGCAUCCUCACCGGCUGUGCCAAAGGAGACGCCAGCGGCCGCACCUGAUGUUUCGACCAACCCCUUCCAUCGCAUGACGCAGGACAUCAAGGCGGCGCCCGUUCCGACUCCGGCGCCCGUUCAGCCUUGGUCCCGUAAGCGAGCCGAUUCUGACGACUGGGGCUCGGACCGGGACUCGGAGGACGAAGACUCUGACGACGACGACCGGCCCGGCGGUGGCAACGCUACCCAGCUGGCGUCCAUCUUGUUUGGUACCAUGGCGCCCCCCAGGCCGCUUUCUGCCGCUGGUCGAGACUCGGCGCACUCCACGCCUGCUCCGACCAACGAUGCGAUCGCCUCUCCUCCGCCUCUGCCGACCGGAACGCCUGUUGGUGCUCCUCCUCCCCCUCCGCCGAUGCCAGAUGCCGGAAGCCCGCCGCCUCCUCCGCCGAUGCCCCCCAUGGGAGGUCCUCCCCCUCCACCAGCAUUGCCUGGCGGGGUACCUCCUCCUCCUCCGCCUCCUCCGCCUGGCGGCGCUCCAGCACUGCCAGCAGCAGGUGGUGGUCGUCCGGCCGGCUUCCUGGGCGAAAUCCAGGCCGGAAGGGCUCUCAAGAAGACGACGACAAAGGACAAGAGCCAAGCUGCCGUCGCUGGCCGAGUGUUGGAUUAGAAGUGACGCCUUGCGGGAGGACAUUUCACUUUUACUUGAUAUUUGAAUAUUGUCUGUUGAGGAUGACUCAGAGGCGAGGAGAUGCGAGAGGGAGACGUUGCAGCGUGUACGUUUAGCACAAUGCACACAUUGCUUCAUUGUUAUGUUUGAGAGAGGUUUUGUCAUUUAGUCUAUCUAUU